AUGAUGCUCGUUUUCCCAAAAACCUUUGCAUUUGCCAGACAAAUGCAGAAGCCAGUUCGACUUUUGGUCAGAGACUGGCACAAGGAACCAAUUCCAGUGACAUGGGCAAAACCAGAGAAAGGCUGGACAAAGUUAAACUUUGAUGGCUCCUGCAAGUGUAAGACAGGAAGGGGAAGCAUUGGAGGCGUUCUCAGGGACCAUGAGGCUGAGUUCUUGCUCGGCUAUGCAGAAUCCAUCAUCGGCCGAACAAACAGCACCAUUGCAGAAUUGGUUGCUCUUAAAAGAGGGCUGGAGCUUGUUGUGGAACACGGUUGGAGAGAUAACUUCAUAACUGCCUAA